AUGGCCUCCGCUUUGCCUUCCCACCUCAAAGCUCCUGCCAGCGAGACCGCCAAUGCUGGCUCGUUCGGUAAGCACCAUGGCAAGUCUCAGUCUCACAUGGCUUUCGAGAAUGCCUCCACCAGCGUUGCUGCUUCUCAGAUGCGCAAUGCUCUGAACGCCCUCUCCGAGACUGUCCCUGACCCCAAUGAGAAGAAGCGUUUCGAGGCUGAGAUGGACAACUUCUUCGCCCUCUUCCGCAGAUUCCUCAACGACAAGGCCAAGGGUAACGAGGUCAACUGGGAACGUAUCGCUCCCCCUCAGCCCUCGCAGGUUGUUGACUACGGUGACCUGGGUGCUGAGGCUAAUGUUGAGUUCCUCAACAAGCUGGCUGUUGUCAAGCUCAACGGUGGUCUCGGUACCUCCAUGGGUUGCGUUGGCCCCAAGUCCGUCAUUGAAGUCCGCGAGGGCAUGUCUUUCCUGGAUCUUUCGGUCCGUCAGAUCGAGCACUUGAACCGCACAUUCAACGUCAACGUGCCCUUCGUUCUCAUGAACUCUUUCAACACCGACCAGGACACCCAGUCUAUCAUCAAGAAGUACCAGGGCCACAACGUCGAUAUCAUCACCUUCAACCAGUCUCGUUAUCCCCGUAUCAUCAAGGACUCUCUCCUCCCCGCCCCCAAGAGCUUCAACGCCCCCCUCCAGGACUGGUACCCCCCCGGUCACGGUGACGUUUUCGAGUCCCUGUACAACUCUGGCACCCUCGACAAGCUCCUCGAGCGCGGUGUCGAAAUCCUCUUCUUGUCCAACGCCGACAACUUGGGUGCCGUCGUGGAUCUCCGCAUUCUGCAGCACAUGGUCGACUCCAAGGCCGAGUACAUCAUGGAGUUGACUGACAAGACCAAGGCUGACGUCAAGGGUGGUACCAUCAUUGACUACGAGGGCAAGGCCCGUCUUUUGGAAAUCGCCCAGGUUCCCAAGGAGCACGUCAACGAGUUCAAGUCUAUCAAGAAGUUCAAGUACUUCAACACCAACAACAUCUGGAUGAACCUCCGCGCUAUCAAGCGUGUUGUCGAGGAUAACGAGUUGCAGAUGGAGAUCAUCGCCAACGAGAAGUCGAUCCCCGCCGACAAGAAGGGCGAGGCCGACCAGGCUAUCUACCAGCUCGAGACCGCCGUUGGUGCUGCCAUCCGUCACUUCACCAACGGCCACGGUGUCAACGUCCCCCGUCGUCGUUUCUUGCCUGUCAAGACUUGCUCCGAUCUCUUGCUGGUCAAGUCAGAUCUCUACCGUCUUGAGCACGGUCAGAUGAAGAUGGACCCCAACCGCUUUGGUGGUGUUCCUGUCAUCAAGCUCGGAUCUGACUUCAAGAAGGUAUCCGACUUCCAGAAGCGUAUCCCCAGCAUCCCCCGCAUUGUCGACCUCGACCACCUCACCAUUACCGGUGCUGUCAACCUGGGCCGCAAUGUUACCCUCAAGGGAACAGUUAUCAUUGUUGCUACUGAGGGCAGCACGAUCGACGUUCCUCCGGGCUCUGUGCUCGAGAACUGCGUCGUCCAGGGAAGCUUGAGAAUCUUGGAGCACUAG